AUGACACCAGUCGUAUACGCAUUACUUCCCGGAAAGAGCCAGGCAAUCUACAGCCGUUUCUUCACCCUUCUCCAGAAUCACAUGGCACACUUCGACAUUCCAUUGCGACCCACUACAGCCUUCGUCGAUUUUGUGGUAGCUGCACACAACGCCAUCCGACAUGUUUUCCACGCUAUCACCAUUAAGGGAUGUUUUUUCCACUUCACCCAGUGCAUUUGGCGAAAGGCCCAGUCUACCGGACUCCAGACACUGAACCGUGACAACAACGACGUCAAGCUACUUGUACGACGAGCUGCUGUUCUACCACUGAUCCCCUUAGACCGCAUCGAGGACGUCUGGUUCCAAACCCUCCAAGAAGCUGAUGAUGCUGACAUUCCACAUCCCGUGUUGCCAUUCACCGAUAUCGUCACGGAGCAAUGGAUAGAGGGAGAUCGUACCACCUGGAACCACUUCUCAACCGAGGGACCCCGGACUACCAACCAUCUGGAAGCUUGGCACGGGAAACUGAAGGAAAAUGUACUGCAUGCCCACCCCAACAUCUACACCAUCAUCCAGACGUUUAAGGACAUACAGGACAUGAACGACAUCAGCCGGAUUCAGAGAGACGCAGGAGGCACCAUUCAACCCCGGAAGAAGAAAUACGCCAAUAUUGACAGACGCCUGGCCACCUUGAAGGACCGUUACCAGACUGGGACAAUCGAACUGAUGACCUAUGCUGAUUCAGCAUCCGAGCUUCUGCAUCUUGGAUAG